GGUUGGUUGGUCGCAGGCCUGUGUUGAUUGACAGAGGCCAUCUCUCGGCAGUGAGACGUGUUUUUCUUCUUGCUUGUGUUGCUCAACGAAAUUUUUGCGUGGCCUCCGAUAUCGGUCGCAGUGAGCGGUGACAACUUGUUUCGGUUUUUUGCCGUUUUUGUUCUGCGCGUUACGUUAGCGAUCGUGGUAACCAUAAGGUGAAUAUUCCGUGGAAAGUUGUGAGUCGGUUUCGGGGCAGAUUUUGCGGCGAAUGUGAGGUCUUUUUUUUUCUUUCUCGGGAAAUUCGAAAUCUACCACGGCAGUGUGUGAGUGUGUUGAAACGAGGCUCACGGCGGUACGGCAGUGUGCGUGGCGAUCCGCGUGUAACACAAGAGAAAAUUAUAUACGCGAAUCGUGAAUCAAGAGGAACGACGGAGAAGAGCGAAAAAAAGUGGAUUUCUUCGCGAUCCGGCCGUUUCCAAUCGGCACAUUUUUGUGAUUGGAAUUUUAUUUAUCUUCAUAUCUGUGUUUUCUUAUUCGGCAUUUCUGCAGCUUCGUGUGUGUGUGAGCGUUUGCGCUGAAAGUUUUUCUUACCUCGAAAAAUCCGCCCGUCCGCCUCCCUGGCCCGUGGGCUCCCCGAAUUUCGGCAAAUCCGGAGAAAGGAGGCAGAUUCGAGAGUGUAUGUAAAUACCACAGUGAACCUCAAAAGUAGCCAAAACAACAACAACAUCAACUCGAAGGAAAAAAAACUCUUGCUAGAAACACAAACAAAAACAUCGGGAGGCUCGUGUUGUGCCAGUUCCGGUGAACGAACUCCUACGACGGCAUCAAGUCAGCAGUACCUGAUUUUCUAGAGGCGCCCAGGGCAGACCAAUUUCCGGAGGGCAGCGUCCAAACCCGAUGUUUAAAUGGACGCGACUUCCAUUAUAACGCAAGUUUCGCGCGAUGACGAGCAGCAACUGAACAGCAGCUUUCCCGGAGAGAAAGUGAACAAUGUAGAUAGGCUAAAACCGCCCCGGCGGGGCUUCUUCGAGACCAUCUUCUGCUGCUGGCGGAACGCGCGGACCAAAACCAACCAGAAUGGCACCCCGAUCGACGGUUCCAUCACGCCCCCGCCGAUCCAGGGCCAGCCCCGGUAUCUGCUGCCACAGAUCCGACACUCGGAUAUGCACAAAAAGUGCAUGGUGAUAGACUUAGACGAAACACUAGUGCAUAGCAGUUUUAAGCCAAUUCCAAACGCCGAUUUCAUAGUGCCAGUUGAGAUAGACGGAACCGUGCAUCAGGUGUACGUCCUGAAGCGGCCCCACGUCGACGAGUUCCUGAGGAAGAUGGGCGAGCUGUACGAGUGCGUGCUGUUCACGGCGUCGCUCGCCAAGUACGCCGACCCGGUGGCGGAUUUGUUGGACCAGUGGAACGUAUUUCGGGCGCGGUUAUUCCGAGAGUCGUGCGUCUUUCACAUGGGCAACUACGUGAAGGAUCUGAACAAGCUGGGGCGAGACCUGCAGAAGAUAGUUAUUGUUGAUAAUUCACCCGCUAGUUAUAUUUUCCACCCGGAUAAUGCUGUGCCAGUGAAGUCGUGGUUCGACGACGCCUCCGACUCGGAGCUGCUCGAUCUGAUUCCGCUGUUCGAGAAGCUCAGCAAGGUCGACUCGGUGUACACCGUGCUGUGCAACUCGAGCUCCCAGUCCCAGCUGCAGUCCCCGCAGCAGCACCAGCAACUGCAGCAGCAGCAGCAGCAUCAGCAAUCGCCGCUCACCCAGGUGGCCCAGGACGUGAACAACACGUAACAUUGGCAACACAUGUUCAUCAACAUCGUAUGAUUAAUUUAACGUGCAUGUUUUUAUCAGUUGGUUAUUCUUUAUGAUUAGUUUUUUUUUUUUGGUUUUAAAGCGUUUUAAAUUAACUAAGAUUAAUUGUAACACACCGAUACACAGAGAAACACACACCGGUAUAGGAUCGCGAAACAACUCCUAAAACAAUUUGGAAAAACGUGCAACAUGUGAAGAGGUUAGGCGAUUGUGUAAGUCCUUUUUUUACACAUCCACACAAACACACCCGCAAGAGAAAAGCACACAGAUUAGUGAAAAUUCGAGGAAAAGCUAGUUUUAUCUAAUGUACCACGCAGUUAGUCGUAUGUUAGCAUUGCAUGAGCGAGCGAGCGCGCCAUUGAACUGAGCAAAGUUUAGUUAUUCAAAUUAUAAAUAUUUGCUUGUCGAAAAAUACGCUUCAAACAAGGUACUGUUAUUGGUUUUUUCUUAACUUAUUUUCAAAACGACCACUCGAGCAAAGACGCCAACGAGGAAGGGUGCCGUUUUGCCCCGGUUGAUCCCUUUUUAGAAUGGUGAGACAGAAACAAAAAACAAAAAAUCAGCCAAACGUGAUAAGUGCAACACAUGUAUAUCACCGUACAUAUCACCACUGGAAAUUUUACAGCACUCAAAGUGGCGAAACUAUCAGCAGAACUUUUAAAAAAUACAAGCAAGGUUUAGGAAUUAGUGAGGGGGUCUCACGGGGCAAAAUGGGCACCUGAUCGUACUAGUCCAGCAGCGCCUAAAUUGCGCAUGGAAUUGAAUCACACAAACUUUAGAUAGCGUAAAGUCGUUGCACCAACGGAGCUCGUAAUCAAACAAAAUCAAACUCAAAACAAAAAAACGCGGCGAUCCGAACUCAAAACUAAACCUAAUAACGAUGUGAAUUGAUGUUGAAAUUGACACACUACACACUCACACUGCUGUUUGCUAACUAUUUACUUCUACUACCUCUACACCGAGAAAAAAAAAGAGAAAGAAAAACACUCACACUAAUAGGUAACAAAUCAAAACUACAAAAGAAGGGCAGAAUCCCGCGCUCGACAAACAUUUUCCAACAUGUUCGGUCCAAUUUUUCACCUUUGAAACACUUUUUGAUAAGAGGAUAAGAGAA